AUGGAGACGAGCAGGAGCAGCGGCGGCGGCGGCGGCGAGGCUGUCAGCGAGCGCGGCGGCGGCGGCGGCGGCGGCGGCGGCGAUCGCGCGUCCGCGGGGGUCUGCAGGAGGAAGGAGGAGGCCGGGGCCGGGACCCUCGCGGCAGACAUGGACUUGCAUUGUGAUUGUGCUGCCGAAACGCCGGCCGCCGAGCAGCCGUCGGGGAAGAUUAAUAAAGCUGCUUUCAAAUUAUUCAAGAAGAGGAAAUCGGGUGGCACCAUGCCCAGCAUUUUUGGGGUCAAAAACAAAGGGGAUGGGAAAGGCUCGGGUCCGACGGGCAUGGUGAGGAGCCGGACCCACGACGGCUUAGCCGAGGUGGUGGUGCUGGAGAGCAGCAAGAAGGAGGAGCCGCGCGGCGGGGGCGACAGCGGGGGCGGCGGCGGGGGUGGCCGCGGCGGCGGGCGGCCCAACCCGGGUCCCCCCAGGGCGGCCGGGCCCGGCGUGGGCUCCCUGGCCAACAGCUCGGUGGCGAAGUCGCACAGCUUCUUCUCCCUGCUGAAGAAGAACGGGCGAGCGGAGAACGGCAAGGGCGAGCCGGCGGACGCGAGCAAGGCUGGCGGCAAACAAAAGAGAGGGCUGAAGGGGCUCUUCAGCAGCAUGCGCUGGCACAAGAAGGACAAGCGGGCCAAGGCGGAGGCGAAGGGCGAGCGCGCGGGGGCCCCGGGCGGCCUCAUCCUGCCGGGCUCGCUCACCGCCAGCCUGGAGUGCGUCAAGGAGGAGACGCCCGGACCCGCCGGCGAGCCGGAGAAGCCCAGCAGGGACGCGCCGCGAGACCCAGCAGGUGAGCUCGGAGGGGGAGAGCCGGAGCCGGCCUCCGCCGAUCGCGCCCACGUGCCGGACCGCCGAGAGGCCCACAGCCCCGGGGUCCCUAAGGCCGACAGCGCCCGGGGAGAGGACGCCGCGGGGCAUCGGCGCGCCGAGAAGCCCCGGGCAGCCCCCGAGCUGGGCGCUGGGGAGGUGCAGACGGCCGAGGAUGCCUCCAGGACAGGUGACGUUCCGGUAGACACCGUCCCCCUUGUCGACUCGGAAUGCGGCAGCGGCCGCGCGGCGGCCGUCCCUGACCCUUCCGCUGUUGAUCCACCCUCAGACCCAUCGGCCGAUCGUAUUUGUUUGAUGUUUUCUGACGUGACUUCACUGAAAAGCUUUGACUCUCUUACAGGCUGUGGAGAUAUUAUUGCAGACCAAGAGGACGAGGCAGGUCCCAGCUGUGACAAGCAUGCCCCCGGGCCAGGCAAGCCAGUUCUCUCUAAAAAGAACCCCGGCGUGGUGGCCUACCAAGGAGGAGGGGAGGAGAUGGCGAGCCCGGAGGAGCUGGACGACACCUAUCUCCAGGAGUUCUGGGACAUGCUCUCCCAGACUGAGGACCAAGGACCAGGGCCCCAAGAGGGAGCGGCCAAGGCGGCAGCAGCCCUGGAAACCAAGGUGGUGGCCGAGACGUCCAAAGACGCCAGGUGUGCGGAAGGGGUCAAGGACGUGUCCUUGGGCAAGCACAGGAGGCUCAACCGGAUUCCCAUCGAGCUCCAUCCCAAGGAGGAGCCUAAACCGCCCGAGAAGGAACAGCAGGAAGGCAUCCCCAAUAGUGACGAGGGCUACUGGGACUCCACCACUCCGGGGCCGGAGGAAGACGGCACCGGCGGCGGCAAAAAGGCGGGCAUCCCCCGGGAUAGCUACAGCGGGGACGCGCUCUACGAUCUCUACGCGGAUCCGGAUGGAAGCCCGGCUGCCGUUCCCGCCAGCGAGGAGACGUCCUGCUUGUCUCGGUUAAAGCCCGUGUCUCCAGUCACCAUCACCUGUCCACUGCGAACACCAGGCAGUUUGCUGAAGGACUCAAAAAUCCCUAUCAGCAUCAAGCACCUCGCGAACCUUCCAUCCAGCCAUCCCGUAGUGCACCAGCAACCAGUCAGGAGUGAGAUGCCCAGAACAAAAAUCCCAGUUUCCAAAGUGCUGGUCCGCAGGGUCAGCAACCGGGGUUUGGCCGGGACCACCCUCCGGGCAGCGGCGUGCCAUGACAGUGCCAAAAAGUUGUGAGGUCUCCGAAGCUGAGGUGAUGGACCCCAUGUCAAGGAAUACAACUUUCCCUGGAAACCACUCAAAUAAGUUUUGUUUCUCCUAAAGAAAGGCUUUUAGGACCAUUCCUGCUCCAGAGCCUAGACCGAGGAGGUGUCUGGGCCACUAGCAGGGGCAGGAUACACCAGAGAGGGGGAGCUACACAUGGGAUUCUCCUCUCCAGAUAAGUUCCCUGAGAAUUAUUUUCAAGCACUUUUAAUUUUUUACCUUAAAAAAAAAAAUCACUUGUUUUUUGUUUUUUUUUCCUUUGAUGCGCUGAACACUUGGAAGUCACCUUUACUUGCCUUUGCAGAAAACAACCUAAGUAAGCAUCAUGCCAUGACACUUGGCUGUGCCAGGGUCCAGAGAGGGCCUAGAGAAACCACUGCCAACACCAGAGGAGCCCCUCCUCUUCCAUGACACUUUCCAUCCUUCCUUUCUUCUUUUCCUUUUUCUUUCCAGGGGGAAAAAAGAGAGACAGAAAGAGAGAGAGAAAGAAAAGAAAAAGACCCUUUGCUGUAUCACUGUGUGGAAAACACCUGCAAAGCUGAAAGAGCCAGGUAUUUAUUUACCUGAUGAGCAGAGGCGACCAUUGAUUGGCCCCAAACUUGCCUACUUUUGGUUGCUGGGUAUGCAUAUAGGUCAGAAUCUACCACCAGGACAAUAAAGGAGCAUUUCGGUUUGGUUGGUUUAGAUCAUGUGUUUGGGGAGAAAGAAGCAGCUCAGCAGAGCCAGUUUUUUCUUUUUCUUUUUCUUUCCCACCCGGUGAAGAAAUGAGGAUCAGGGAAAGAUUUCACUAAAAUGCCAAUAGACACAGUAUUUUAGUGUUUAUAAACUGUAACCUUUUCAUGUGUACAUAAUGCAUAUUUUACAGUUUAUCCAGCUGUUAACAUUUUAUAAUCUGCCAGUAACCUCGAAUUUAAAAUCUGGUUUUAUAACAAGUUAUGAUAACUGUCCCCGAACCAUUGAUGUUCUUUUAUGUACUGUAGCCUAAAGCAAUUCUGUUUUUGUUUUAUAUGGGUUCUCUGGCUCUCAAUGCAGGAAAAAACAAACAAAAAACAGUCUAUUGUGUUGAUGUCCCAGAGGAAUAGGUUCUGUCUUGUCUUGGGUAAGAGACUAUUUGCUUCUCACUCCCAAUCCUGGUUUUCAGAGAUUUUUACCUUGGUUAUAAAAAUUUUGGAUUCGACCAUUCUACAACAUGGGGAGUCCCAAAUGAGGAACGUAUUUUAAAAACCCAGUAGAAAAAUACAGUUUUUCAUGUUAUUUGACUUUUGCUUUAUAGAUUCAUGAUUGAGACAGGUAUGUUCAGAAUAGUAUGCUGGCAAGCCUAUGUAUCAUAAACACUCUAUGUCAAGAUUUGUUUUUGGAAAAGUGCUUUCCUUAUAUGUAUAUUUUCUAUUAUUUUAGAUGAGACAUUUAUUUCAGAACGGGUUACCAUAUGCCUGGAUAGUUUGAGUGAUUAACUGAAGCAGUUCCUAGAAUGCUAUUAGCAUCUAAUGAUUAUAUAAUAUCCUCUUUGAAAUGCAUUCAGUGUGUUUAAUCAAAAGACUGCAGCUUCUACUAGGAGUUGAUUCAUGAUAUGAGGAAGAUUAGACAUUUUCAAGCAAAACUACAUGUAUACGAAUGGCACAAACAUUUCUAUAUAACUCCCAUUUUCCAGAGAGAUUGCCUAAGUAAUGAGCUGAUUUUAUGUGCUUUCUAAGCUUGUUUUCUAUUUCUUAAAGGAAGGAAAGAGGCAAGUUAAGUAUAUGGAAACCUAUUUUAAUAGUACAAAGGGAACAAAAUAAACAGACCCCAAAGGGAAACAAAUUUGAGCCAGUAGCAUAAAGCAAAUCAUUCCCCAUUUUAAAUUUGCAAUGAUUCAAUUAGAAGAGGUGGUAGAGAUUUGUUGAAUUUCUUUAGUAGUCAGAUUACUGGCUUUUAUUGCAUUGUGUCAGAUCCUUAAUGUUAAAGUACUGAUUUAAUAUUUAAUUUCCUAUAUAGAUGAGGUCCUAUAAUCAGGCAUAGCCUUAGGCACUCUGAACCCACCACCAGGAAUUCAUAAAGCCACUCAUACUCACACGUGCUUAUGCACUCAACUGUGCACAAACUAACAGACAAAGGCAUGUACUGUACACUUGGAAAUAUUCUACAGAUUAUUUCUGUCUUGAGAAAGGGAUUUAAAUUUGAUUUCAUGCUGAUAGUACUAUUUAGACUCCAAAUGCAUUCAUCUUCCCCCAGUGAAUGUACAGAAUAUAAAUUUUAUUUCUGGCCGUAAAACAAAGGAUGUUUAUUUUCUUCUUGUGCAUUUUCUUGUGAGGGUUAUCUUCUCCUCUGUGUGAAUCCGUGACAGAGUUUUAUUUGUUCAUUUGUUCAAUUGUACAGAAAAGUUAGGAGUACCUGAAGUACAGAUGAGAAUAUUCUAACAGUAAAGGCAAUCUAUCGGUAAAUCUAUUUUGUUAACACUGGGACAAACUGUUUUUGCUUUCACAGUUUUGGGGGCUUGUUCCUGCCAUUUUACCACUAUGCUGUGUCUUCUUUUUGCAAGUAAAGGGAAAUGUCAGCAAAGCUCACUUUCAUUUCCCCCGCCUGUCAAUUAACCAGUUAUACAAGAUGUAAAAUAUUUUCUCUUUUCAUUCUUUUUUCCAUAUGUUUUCCACUUUUUAAGAAACUCUCUGUCUUUAAGAAUUCCACCCACACCAGGCAAAUGAAGGAUGCAGGCAAUUGAUUAAAUGGCCUUGGUAGCUAGCUGGGAAAUCAGGAUCCAUGCAGGAAGCCUGCAUCCUAACCUUUUCCACCCACAGACAAGGGUUCACAGUUGCUUUUUUUGUGCCAAGGGCUACUUUCUCCCAUUCAUGUUCCUGGAGAUUGUUUCCCCCCACCCCAGCAUUUUAAUAGACUUAUAUUCCAAUUAUUAUUAAUACAUUUCCUAAUUCAGCCAUAUUUACUGAUUUUUUUUGUAAUGGGAAGGAUUAAAUAUGAGCUGAUGACACCUUUGCUGUGUGUGUAUGAUUCUGAGAUGCUAGUUCAUUAGGUCUCUUUAGUCAGAGAGCUGGACAAAUUAGAGGGGGAAAAAGUCAAAUCAAUUGUUGACCAUGAAUUUAUCAGUGAGUUUAAUAGCUCUGCACAAAGACAGCCUGACUUUAAUAACUACAUUACACAGACAAUGUUCCUUGAACUACUCUGACAUCAGUACUAAAGGCAGUUGGAUGCUUUUACAUUAGCACCGACUGGAAGAAAUUUUACUAUAGCGUUGUCAACAAUGGCAAGAGGAAAAAGAUUUUUAUUAUUUCACCUAAUAACAACAAUGACAUAUAGGACAUUAAGGGCUUCCUUUAGAUAUGUUUUCCACAAAUUAUCUGCCUAUUUAAAUACAAAGUGUUUAACAUCUAUGAGAGUGAUGACUUACUGGGUUUAAAGUGUUUCAUCCUUAAUUUCAGAAGUAGUUUUGAAGUAUUUGCAUUUAAACGAAUGUUCAAAUAACCCUUUGCUUACACAGUUACCGAGAUAAAAAGACUAUAUUAGGUAUCGAGAUUUCUUCU